GGGGGCGGGGCGCACAGAGCUUGUUGGCGCCCGUGCGGCGAGGUGACCUACCGGGUCGCGGUCUCAGCGGCAGUUCUUCGCGUCCGCUCCGCGUUCCCACGCCGCCAUGGCCUGUCGGCCGCGAAGCCCCCCCAGGUGCGGGAGCCGCUGCGACAGCGACACCAGCCCGCCGUCCCCUGCGAGAUGGAGCCUCGGACGGAAGCGCAGAGCCGACUGGAGGCGCAGGAAGCCCGAGGACGCAGAGCAUGGCGAGCGCCGGGGCGCCGACCGCAGACCCGAGAGCUUUACCACUCCCGAAGGCCCUAAGCCCCGUUCCAGAUGUUCAGACUGGGCAAGUGCAGUUGAGGAAGAUGAAAUGAGGACCACAGUUAACAAAGAAAUGGCAAGAUAUAAAAGAAAACUCCUCAUAAAUGAUUUUGGAAGAGAGAGAAAAUCAUCAUCGGGAAGUUCUGAUUCAAAGGAGUUCAUGUCUACAGUGCCGGCUGACUUUGAGACAGACGAAAGUGUCCUGAUGAGGAGACAGAAGCAGAUCAACUAUGGGAAGAACACGAUCGCCUAUGAUCGCUAUAUUAAAGAAGUCCCAAGACACCUUCGGCAACCUGGCAUCCAUCCCAAGACCCCCAACAAAUUUAAGAAGUAUAGUCGACGGUCGUGGGACCAGCAAAUCAAACUCUGGAAGGUGGCUUUGCAUUUUUGGGAUCCUCCAGCUGAACAAGGAUGUGAUUUGCAAGAAAUACACCCUAUAGACCUCGAGUCCACAGAAAGUGGCUCUGAGCCCCAGACAAGCUCUCAAGAUGACUUUAAAGACGGAAGCAAGAUGGCAAGAUUGGACUCCAACAGAUACCAGGGACAACCAAGCCAGGUGACAAGAUGUUUUCUGAACCCAAGAUGCAAGGGAUGGGCAUAAACCUGCAACAGCCCCAAGGCCUGUGCGGCAGCAGCAACUGCAAGGGCAGAAGAGGGAGGAAGUGGCCAAGAGGCUGAGGCCCUGAGAACGGGGGUGCAAGGAGGGGAAUAACCCUGCAGAAAACGGAGAUGCCAAAACAGACCAGGCACAGAAAGCUGAAGGUGCUGGAGAUGCCAAGUGAAGUGUGUGCAUUUUUGAUAACUGUGUACUUCUGGUGACUGUACAGUUUGAAAUACUAUUUUUUAUCAAGUUUUAUAAAAAUGCAGAAUUUUGUUUUACUUUUUUUUUUUUUUUAAGCUAUGUUGUUAGCACACAGAACACUUCAUUGUUGUUUUUGGGGGGAAGGGGGCAUAUGUCACUAAUAGAACGUCUCCAAAGCUAGAUCCAUAUGGGGAAAACACCUUUCCCUUCUAGUUUUGAGAGACUUCCUCUUGGCUCUCAGGAGGAGGGAUUCCCUGACGUUGACACAUAGCCACCUUGGCACAAACGCCUUGUGGUACGGAAAAACUAAUUUGUUUUUAUGUCCUGUUCUCCCUCUCUGCCUUCAGCAUAGUCUUAACUCCCUUAAACCCAGACACCUCUUGGGGCCUGACGUCCAAUAAUUGCUUACCAGUAUGUCGGGUGAUCUGGACUUUCCAGUGGCACCACUGAGACGGUGCCCCUCAAAAGAGCAGCAGUUCCAUCUGUAGGUUGUGGAUCUUCAGAUAAAUUCUGUCAUUUUCAUUUCAUUUCCUGAAAGUCAGGGUCGGCUUGUGAAAAGUUGUUAAACAACAUGCUAAAUGUGAAAUGUCAACCCUCACUCUAAACUUUCCCUGUUCAGAGCAUCAAAUGAAGGCUUCAUUGGAUUUUAUAGUGGCUUUCUGAUUUUGGUAGACCAUUGAAGAAGGGAGUUUGAAAGUUGUUGUAUACUGUUAACGAUUGUCUGCCCAUGUCCUGCCUGAAAUACCAUGAUUGUUUAUGAAAAGUAUCUUUAAUAAAGCUGGAUACAGUUUG